GGAUCGUGGAAACCUAAAACAGCAGUGAACUUGGAUGAUCAAGAAAGCAACGCCUCGCAUCUCAAUACCAUUAUGAGUAAAAAGAAAGGAAACUGUUUUGUGGCGAACUGGUUUACGAUAGCAACAAUCAUUGCUGUGCUUGUGGGUUUUGGAGUCGGUCUGCGUAUACAACGGAUGGAACUGAAUGCGACUGAACAACUGUGGCUCGAAACUAUGUCCGAAAGCGAGACUGUUUCGACACUGGAAGAUGAGGUCACAGUGCCGAAAAAGAAGAAAAACUGCUUCGUUGAGAACUGGUUUAUGAUUACUACCAUUCUCGGUGUGAUUAUUGGUUUUGGCGUUGGAUUCGGCAUACAGAAGGCGGGAUUAGACGAAGCGGGGCAAGUAUGGCUUGCUAUGCCUGGAAAGCUUUACAUUCGUGUGUUGCAACUCACCAUUCUGCCAAUGAUCUCGGCCAACGUCAUUAACGUCCUGGCCGAUCUGAACCCGAAGGAAAACGGAAAAGUUAGUGUGGCCGCCCUGUGCUACAUACUUGGAUGCAAUCUCAUUUCCUCACUUAUUGGCCUUAUGUAUGGCUACAUCAUUCAGCCCGGCCGUGGAACGAACGUUGGUGGUGGAAAUGACCCCCCAAAUUAUUCAACUGGACAGGAAAGCAGUCAAAUCUCUUAUAUUUUUAGAGACUUAUUCUUGAACAUCUUCCCUGACAAUAUCGUUGGUGUUGCUCUCUUCCAGUCCGGCACAGACUUUGAUGCGGGCAAGCCUAAUGACAAAGGCGAAAUAGUCUACCCACAGGUUACCUUAGACGGAACAAACAUGAUCGGUGUGCUCUUCGUCUCCUUCGUUUUUGGCCUCGCCACAAACCACGCAAAGGAAAAGGGUAUUCCAUUCAAGAAGUUCUUCAAUUCCCUCGGUGAUGUCGUUAUGCUACUCAUGCAGAAGUUUUUGCUAAUUGUGUCUCUGCCGAAAUGUUUCGUGGCCUGUGACCAGUACGGCAUACCGAAAUCCAUAUCUCGCUUUGUCCUGCCAUUUGCUGGCACCAUGAAGAGUGACGCCUCUGCCAUUUUCAUCGUCGGAUCCUGCUUCUUCAUCGCUCAAAUGCAACAGAUUACCUUGGAUGCUGGCAAAGUCGUUAUUAUUGUUAUCCUAGCCACAGCCUACGUUACCGCUUUGCCAAAUAUUCCCAGCGCCAGCGUUGUCGCAGUCAUCACUAUUCUUAACUCCAUCGGUGUGGACAGUAAAUUAUCAUCUCUCCUCUUCGCAGUUGAAUGGCUCAACGAUCGUCUCCGAUCAGGCAAUGUAGCCCUCUCGCACAUGUACUGUACAACCUUCGUGUAUCAUGUGUGCAAAAAAAGCUUGCCAGAGGAGAAGGACGAGGAUGAAGAUGACGAUGAUGAGGACGAGGAUGAUGAUGACGAUGAGAAGAAGAAGGGAGGGGAGUAUGAGAAUGCGAGAAGCUCAAGCAUCAAGAAGGCCUCAAUUGCAUAA